CCAUUCGUAUGAAUGCGGUUCGCUCUCGUCGAAGCCAUGUUUGGAACUACACGAGGCUCCGUAACCCGGAAGUACCCGGAAGUAAAAUCGUAUAAUGGAUCUCUAUGUGAGUGUCGUAACCCUCUUUCUAAGGCCCUGCUUUGGGAAAGGUUGGAAGACGAGCCGCUUUUUAUGUCUACUUUACCCCAUGACGUAAGGUGAUCUAUUGAAGGGUGCCAGACAUUUUCAGACACGCCAAGAAUCCGUCCAAUCUCGCUUCUGCUUCAAAUCGUUUGGGUCAACGUCGAAACUUCGAGGCCUGCUUAAGUUAGCCUAGCCUAGAUUAACAGCUAACAAAGAGAACAAACAACGCGCAGCCUGGGAGCGACACGUCGCCGAGCAAGCAAUCUUCAAGUCCCAAAAUGUCAGCGACGACAGCUUUGAAAACCUACAACAAUGCAACCUUGGUUUUACGAAGACAUUCGUCAUGCCAUCUCGAUGUGUAGCGAUGAAUCACUCACAGGAAGACUCGAGACUCUAUGAGUGGUCCAAAAAAACUUCUCCUGCAAAGGUUUGGACCGUUUUUGUGAGCAUGCAUACAGGUCCCAAAUCUGCUCAUUGUUUUCAUCAUUUCAGCAACGACAGCUUUGAAAACCUACAACAAUGCAACCUUGGUUUUACGAAGACGAAGAAUUAAGCGGCGGAAAACCUCAACACGAUGAAAAAAGCGUUGCAAGUCAGUCCCCACCCAGUUUCCCAAAUUCGAGAGAGUGGGUCGAGUCAUAUAAUGAGCCAAGUGAUGCGGUGUCUAGCGAUGACGACUGAAGAGAUCCUAUGAGGCCUGCCAGAUGCUGAAUUUCUUCUGUCUGUGACAUCAGAUGACUAUGAGUUAGGAGAAAUAAAUGUAGCAAAUUUUGAUGACAUGAAAUCGUAAACUAGUCAUAUAUACAGUACACAUUUUUAAAAAGAAAAAUCUAGUUACCUUCAUAUUUUAAUGAUAAUGAUUGAUCUUUGUAUAUAGAACACUUAAUGCUACAGAAAAGAAAUAAAUAUUUCCCACUGCCAUGACCAUUUUUCAAUGUUGCGCUAGUCCGUUGCUAUCCUAACGUUGUAUUGCUUACUAACUUCGUAUUGCUUACUAAAUUUAUGUUCUUUGAUGUGUGCUAUUGUGUGCUUGCUAUAACUUAGCUUUCUAUGUUGCGUCACAACCUGACAGCGAAAGAUGAUGCUGAUUCAACAUAAAUCUGGUAUCAUUUAUUAUCGUGGCCUAUUGAAUAAUUUUUUUCAGAAUGUAAUAUAAUUACAAUAUAUACCAAUAGAAUACAUUAAACAGUCAACAAAAUGUGUCAAUGUUGUUUACAAUUUAUGGUUUUAUUAAUUCAUGCCGCUGUCAGUGCUUCAGCCUCCUCAAGUUUGGCUCUCACGUCUGGGAUCUCCUGACGACACAGGCACUCUUGGAAGGAUGUCAGUCAAGUGCAUCGUCCUGAACGCCAGGAGUCUGCUCGGAUGGAAGAAGAGGAGGUGGAAGAGUCGCCAUACAUCAUGAAGGUGGUGGAAGAAUUCGUUCACAUUAAAGAGGAGCAGGAGGAGCAUUUCAUUACAGUUGAGAACCCCAACAUUGAGGAGCAGCAGCGACCUCAUCCUUUUAAAGAGGAGGAUCCUCCAUAUGUUAAAGUGGAGGUGGUGGACAUCCCCAAGUGGAGUGGUGAGCCCGUGAAGGGUGAAUAUGGAGGUCCGAGUGAGGCCAGCAGAGGGGCGGAGACUCCUAGUGGCAGCAGCAGCAGUUCAAAAGAAGGAUUCCAAGCAGACAACCUCACCGCUCGACCAUCAGAGAGUGACGACUUCACAUCAUACUCGGUGUUCUGUUUCAGAAAGUAUCUUGGUCUUGAGCGGCAGGAUCUGGAGUCUCCUGGCAUUAAAGAGGAAGUUGAGUACCCGCAAAUGAAAAAGGAAGAGCCAGACAACCCUCAACGGCAAGAGAGAGAUGAGCAACUUCCAAUUAAAAGGGAAGAGAUGGAGCUUACGCUAGAUGUACAGCCAAAAGUUAAAGAGGAAAAUGAUAUCACCAGGCCAACUGAUGAGCCUUUGAAGAGUGAAGAGGGCCUGAGUGAGACCAGCAGAAGAGCAGGGCCUCCAAACGGCAGCAGCAGCUUAACAGAAGGAUUGCAAGUGGACAGUUUCACCGCUCCACUAUCAGAUAGCGAAGACGCCAUGUCAGACAGUGAUGAUGAAAGUCAUAAGAACAGUGACGACACACGCAAAUGCUCUCGGUGUGUGAAAACCUUUAUUAAUAAGUAUAGUUGUCGUAGGCAUAUGAUGAGCCACACUGGAGAAAAACCUUUUUGCUGCGCAGUUUGUGGCCAAAGAUUCUCUGAAAAGGGAAACCUAAACAAACACACAAGGACCCACACUGGAGAAAAACCUUUUUCCUGCCCAGUUUGUGGCAAAAGAUUCUCUUCAAAAACAGACAUAACAAAACACACAAGAACCCACACUGGAGAGAAACCUUUUUCCUGCUCAGUUUGUGGCCAAAGAUUCUCACAAAAGGGAAGCCUAAAACGACACACAAUAAACCACACUGGAGAAAAACCUUUUGCCUGCUCAGUUUGUGGCCAAAGAUUCAGUCGCAAGAGUCACUUAAAAACACAUGCCGUAACCCACACGGGUGAAAAAUCUUUUUCCUGCUCAGUUUGUGGUCAAGGAUUCACUCAAAAGAAAGGAUUAAAAACACACGAAAGAACCCACACUGGUGAAAAACCUUUCGUCUGUGCAGCUUGUGGUCAAAGAUUCACUCAAAAGGAACAUUUGAAAAUACACACAAGAACCCACACUGGCGAAAAACCUUUUUCCUGCUCAGUUUGUGGUCAAAGAUUCACUCAAAAGGAACACUUGAAAAUACACACAAGAACCCACACGGGAGAAAAAACUUUUUCCUGCUCAGUUUGUGGCCAAAGAUUCAGUCACAAGGGCUACUUAAAAAUACACUCAAGAAUCCACACCGGAGAAAAACCUUUUUCCUGUUUAAUUUGUGGUCAAAGAUUCAGUCGAAUGGAACACUUGAAAAUACACACAAGAAUCCACACUGGAGAAAAGCCUUUUUCCUGCGCAGUUUGUGGUCAAAGAUUCCCUCGAAAGCAAAACUUACAAAGUCACGAAAGAACCCACACUGGUGAAAAGCCUUUUUCCUGCUCAGCUUGUGGUCAGAGAUUCUCUUCAAAAGGAAAACUAACAAGACACACAAGAACCCACACUGGAGAAUUACCUUUUCCAUCUCAACUUGUGGUCAAAUAUUCUCUCUAAGGAAAACCUUAAUACCACACAUAAGAAUCCAAACUAGUGAAAAAAACGAUGCUGUAUUCUGUAGACCUUCCUCAAAUCCUGUUGAGGAUUAUCAGUUUUGGUGCUCUACAUGUGUUUUGUUGGUUCCUUAUGUAAACUAUUUUGAAAAGAACUGGCUCAUUUGAUAUGGAAUGAAUGAAUAUGAAUUUAGAUGAAGUUAGAUCGCGUGAUCCUUGGCCACGAUGAUCUGGCAAAAAUACUUUAUUUUUUCUCCUCAUAUUGUUCAAUCCUGAUUCAUUUCACAAUGUUGUGUACUUUUAUGAACUGUUACUGCUAAUUGUAAAGAAUCUGCAAUGAAAGUAAAAGAACCUAGGCCAGGGUUCACCUCGGGGCCACUUCUCCUACUGUGCUUUCAAUGUUUCCCUCCUCCAACACACCUGAAUGAUUCAGGUAUGUUACGGUAGAGAAACUAAAGGGGGACAGAACUGUCGCCCGAGACUGUAAAACCAGACAGACAAGCCUGUGCGCUGCUUGGAUUGAUAACCAGAAAGCCUAUGACUCAAUGCCGCAUACAUGGAUCCUGGAAUGCCUGAAGCGGUACAAGGUUAACACCACACUAAGAGCCUUUGUUGCAAACUUAUUGAGGCUGUGACAGACCACCCUUGAGGCCAACUUUGAGCCAAUUGCACAAUUGUGUUCAUUCUGGACCAGGGGGUGCCCAAUUCCGGUCCCCGAGAGCCCCUAUCCAGCUUGUUUUCCAUGUCUCUUUCCUCCAACACACCUGAAUCAAAUAAUCAGGAUUGUUAUCAGGUUCUUGCAGAGCUUGCUGAGGAGCUGAUUAUCUGAUUCAGGUGUGUUAA